CCGGAUGUGAGGUUCGGUGUGCAGGUCACCCUUUCCCACGGCGCCGCGGCCCGCAGAGCGUCUGUCUCUCCGCUGGCAGGAGGGCGCCAUGGAGGCGCCUCCGCCCGCGCCCCGCAGCCUCCUUUGCGGAGCCUGGGGUCCUUUCCCCCGAGUCUUUGCUGCCGGUGCCGUGGCUGCGGAUUCCCAAGGCUUUGCAGAGGACGGGGAGUUGCGUCCAUAUGUCUCAGAGCCCGGGUCCUCGGAAUCCGGAUGGGACCGCCUCCGGCUGCUGUUUACCAAAGAUGAACAACAGAAAUUCCCAAAGGAAGUUGACUAUAUCUGCAGGGCGGCAGUUUCAGCAGGUAUCAUCGGCUGGGCAUAUGGAGGGAUACCUGCUUUUAUUUAUGCUAAAAAGCGCUACAUUGAACAGAGCCAAGCAGAGAUUUAUCAUAACCGAUUUGAUGCUGUGCAAAGUGCGCACCGUGCUGCCACGAGGGGCUUCAUCCGGUAUGGCUGGCGCUGGAGUUGGAGAACUGCAGUCUUUGUGACCAUAUUCAACACAGUGAACACAGGACUAACUGUGUAUCGAAAUAAAGAUGCCUUGAGCCAUUUUGCCAUUGCAGGAGCUGUCACAGGAGGUCUUUUCAGAAUAAACUUAGGUGUUCGAGGCCUGGUGGCUGGUAGUAUAAUUGGAGCGUUGUUGGGCACGCCCAUGGGAAGCUUGCUGAUGGCCCUCCAGAAGUACUCUGGUGAGACUGUGCAGGAGAGAAGGCAGAAGGACAGGAAGGCCCUGCAUGAGCAGAGACUCGAAGAGUGGAGAAGCAGUCUACAAGUCACUGAGCGCCUCCCUGUGGAGAUUGAAAGUGGCUUAGAGAAGAUUCAACCUGAGGAAGAUGCUCAGAGGAUCGAGGCGCUGCUCAGCCUCCCUAGGAACCCCUCCUUGCCAGAUGAACAGAGCAAGGCCUGAGGAGCAGGUCUGUGUGUGGAGCUCUGCCUUGCUGGCCAGCUGACAGAUGUGAGUGCUGGCAGCUGUGGGAGCAGGCACUUGUCUCCGUCUUUUUUACAUCAAGAAUCGGGCACUCAGUGCUGGGCAGGAUGUCACUGAGCCAUCAUUCCAGCCGCUUGGAGGCCGAGAAAGGAAGAUAGUGUGAGGCUAGCUUGAGCUACCUAAUGAGAACCUGGUUCAAAACUGUGCACCCACAAAAUCAAACAGCAGAGCCAAAAACAACCCAAAUAUCCUUAUUUAUUCUGAUCAUUGGUCCAUCUAAAUACUUAACAUUUUUCUAUCCUGCGGGAUUCUAUACAAGUAGAAUUCUUCCCAAAAGAUUAAAAUUGUGUUGUUUGGAUCGCCUAUGCACGCCUCAGUCUUUUAAGGAUAUUCUCUUGGAGCAGCUGCAAGGAACUAAAUAGCGGAGCACGGCCGUGAGAUCCUCUUCCGUAGGCCCUCAAAUAGUGUGGGCCUCCAAGUAUUUAGUUGUUUGGAUUUUUAAAAAAUAAGAAUAAAAGGGGGCUGGAGAGAUGGCUCAGCAGUUAAGAGCACAGACUAUUUUUCUGAAGGUCUUGAGUUCAAAUCCCAGAAACCACAUGGUUGCUCACAACUAUCUGUCAUGAGAUCGGACGCCCUCAUCUGGUGGGUAUAUUUGAAGACAGGUACAGUGUACCUAAUAUAAUAAUAAAUACAUUUUUUAAAAAUGGUGA